GAUAUGAAUGAAUGUUUAUUGAAUAACGGCGGAUGUGAACAGACAUGUCGUAAUGUCCCUGGUAGUUGUCAAUGUGGUUGUCACUCAGGAUAUCGUCUUAGCAAUGAUAUGAAAACUUGCCAAGGUAGGAAACAUAUCUUUCCUUCUGGGUACUCGCAAGUUCCCCCCCCCCUGUCUGUACGUUUAUCCUAUGAUUACCAGAACCUUGCAGAACAAAUUUAUGACAUUAAUGUCCCAUAAACUGUAAAUAAUCUGCGUAAAAUGUCAUUCGUGUUGUCUCUUGUCCAGUCUUUCUGUAAACUUGCGUAAUUAGAUUUCAACAAUGCAGAAUUCUUGUUUUUUCAGACAUCGACGAAUGUACAGAUUUUCCGACAAUUUGUGGUCACAACUGCACCAACACCCCCGGGGGAUAUAAAUGUACUUGCCCCCCUGGAACGAGAAGCAUUGAUAAUGGAGGUUUAUGUUUGUGAAAUGAAAACUGUUCAAAGUUAGAUGGUAAUUUAUUACAAGAUGUGUUCUCCGUGUGAUAUAGACAAAGAGUGAAACACAUAGCCACUAAUACUGUAUUUGCUAUGGUACACAGGCUAACCAAAAUGGCUGAUCUUGUUUCAAAGAUACUGUGAUUGAAUCCAAAUGGAGAAAAAAACGCUGGUAUCACUUUUGCUAGUAUGGUGCAAAAUGACAUCGUUUACAAAAGUAAACAAAAUUCUUAAUUUGCAAAGAAUUUUUUUUGUAAAUAUACAAAUUGUAGUGUAGUGAAUUAGUGAAUAUAUACGCAAGCACUAUAAUGCCUCGGUCAAACGAGGAUGACUGGAUGAGAGUUGAUGAGAAGUGGCAGUCACGCAUUGUUACAGGGGACAUUUCAAGCUCUAGAUUAACGAAAUAAAGGUUUGAUGUGUGUCCAACUAUGUUUUAACUUAAAUACAAUACAUGAUAGUUGUUGGGAAAACAUUAAGAACAGCUAACUAAGGUCACGUGACUGCCAACUCUCAUGCACUCUCAUUCUCGUUUGAUCCAGGCUUAACGGUUGCGCGCUAUACUGCGGUAUUUUAGAGCUAGAGGUGAUCUGGCGCGUUCCUUGAGCGCAUCCCAAUGGAAAAGAUAUAAUCGCCAAUAGUCCAAUAUACCUUUGCACUUUCAGGCGGAAUUACGCAAAAUUUUGACUUGCCUGCAUUCUGACAAUUUUGUUUGAAAUAGCAGACAUCCCGUACAUAUAUCGCGUUUCGUCUCUCAGAGCGAACUCAAUAUGAUUGCCUGUGCAAACUGAAAUGUAAUUCUCUUUGUUGACCACACGGUACUAUCUGUGUCUGAGUAUAUUACGUUUUUAUUCAACUUUAAAAUGUCCAUAAUUUUGAUCCAGACAUAUUUCUAGAAUCAUAUAGUCUAGAAUUAAAGGUUAGAUUAUUGAAUGAUUGAAAGCAUUUGUUUUUAUAAAAAAGGCAUUGGAAUGAUCGCACCUUGAUCAAGCAUAUGUAAUUACUAUGUUAUAGAAUAUUUAAGAACAAUAAUAUUGAUUUAUCAAUUAAUUAGGACAUAUUGAUUAGUUUAAUGAAUCAGAUUAACAAUUGCAAUGUAAACUUUAAUUACAAUGUAUCAUAAAGUUCUACAAAAAUACAGAAAUAUAAACUUACUCCAGUGUUGAUGGGUAGUAAAUGUUGUAAUGCCACAGAGAAUGAGGUUUUGGGAACGUCCGAUACACGUGAGUGACCGCAGAUAGAGACCAUGGAUGAAUCACCAGAAAAGGGAUGAAUCACUCAGAAGCCCUGGGUACAGUGGCGGAAAAUGACGAAUUUUCGGAAAUUUUGACCUAAAAGAGGGCUAAAAACAGCCUUUUCGAGUGCAAAUAGGGGGGUUUGUCGGAAAUUUAAAAGUUUUGUCGGAAAUUUAGGAGACUUUGCGCCCCCCCCCCCGGAAAAAGUGAAUUUCCGCCACUGUGGCUGGGUACGAGUCCCAUUGUGCCCUGAACCAUCCUCUUCCCCAGGAUCACGCUACGUUGCUCUUCGCAGUGCCGGGGAACAAAGAUGGGCCUGAACAAGCUUGAUGCUUUCAUCCCCCCGUGAGUAUAGAGUCAAGUUUAGGGUAAAG